GUCCUGCACCUGGUAAACCAAUGGAUGUGAUCGCAACCCUCCUGGUCUGUCCUGAGGUUUAGGUUCGUAUGUUUCUAUGGUGAUGGUGACACACAGAUGUAAGGUGUAGGAUUGAAACAGGUGUGCAAUAGGAAGCAUGUAUUCCUUUCCUGAUAGUGUUACCGUAUUCACCUGCACACCUGCCCAAACACACACACACGCACCCGUACGCACUGCUGAAGGAAAGUUUACCUCAAAAUAAUAUAUAGUAAAUUUUCACUUUCGAUCAAAGCGUUGACAAAACAUUUAAUCUGUUUAUACAAUCUCUGUGUGUAUUGAAUGUUUAUUUGUCAGGGACUACAAUGUGAACCUUGUGCUGAGUCACAGCAGGUAAAGUAUAUUUAAAUAGCCAUUAACCCAAGCAUGAACGAGGUAAAGAGAGAAAGUGCCAGAACGAGAGCAGAGGUAGAGUUUUGCCUGAGGGCGGUACAAGAGGAACCUGCUCGGUGAUGUCAUCACUGCAAAAAUCCAUUUAGCCCUGCGGCUCUUUUGAUUGGCUGGGAGGACGGCAGUAAUUUGAACUCUCUUUUGUUGCCUUUGAUGUGUCGACGGUGUUUGAGGGCAGGAACGAGAGAUGUUGCUCUUUCCCUGUCAGCGUGGAGAGCUCGAGCUUUGCUCUGUUAGCAUCGAGUGAGUGAAGGUUGAAUUUAUUUCUUUUGUUUAGUUCUCCGGCUGGAUUGAGUUUGGAAAAACACUCCGGAUACUUUGACACCAUGAAUGAGACAGGGAAUGUUGUCCAGGUCCUUGCUGUCCUGACUCACGUCCUCUAAGUCCUCCCAGAGACAACAGAUGCACUGGAGGAGUGAAACUACGCAUUAAAAACAGACGGGGUGAGCCUGGUUCUCGACCUCAUUCCUGGCAUUCAACAAAGCUUGGUGACGGCCCUCAGGACUCUGACAGCAUGAUGCAAGUCACCCAGGGUGGUGUGGGAGCCGCCUGGCACCAGAACUACCACUCAAGUGCUUCUACUACAGACCUUUCAGGGUAUGAGACAGGAUUUCUUAGAAAGAGCCCAGAUCAAUAUAGUUCCCGGGGAAGCAUGGAAAGUCUGGAUCAAACUCAUCCUGUCUAUAGCUCCUGCUAUCAACUAUCAUCUUCCAAAUCCUCCAGCAGCAUCGAUCACCUGCACAGUAAGCGAGAUUCUGCAUACAGUUCCUUCUCGACCAGCUCCAGUAUCCCAGAGUACCUUACGGCUGCACCAUCAUUUAACAAAGAGAGGUCAUAUUCCAUGGAAAAUGUUCCACAGAAAGAAGGAAUGCAGCAGGCAGAUAUACGCUAUGUACGUACAGUCUACGACCCGCAACAGGGUGUUUCUGAAGAGCACGAUGUCAGCUCAGCAGCACUAAUGAGAACCAAUGAAAACAGAACGCAGUCUAGAAGUGCAAGUGUCCAGGGCAUCUGUCAUCGUGGCAGCAACAGUAGUGGCAGCAGUGGAGGCACCACCAGCUCGCAACGUCACAGCGCUGGGCCAGUCUGGGAUCCAACACCCAACCAGUUAUCUUAUGAAAAUAUAAAGGGGGUACCAGCGCCUCCAUUACGCAGUGACAGCUAUGCAGCAAUUCGUAAUCAUGAACGUCCUAACUCUUGGUCGAGUCUUGAGCAUGCUCGGUCACAGCGGGCACUUCAUAAGGGUUCCUGGCAUCACUCAAGCAGUUCUGUAGCAACAGGAAAGUCCUCCUUUGGAGCUGAAGGUCAGCUGCACACUGUGAUCGAAAAAAGCCCUGAAAGUAGCCCCACAAUCAAACCCAAACAGAGUAUUCCUCAGGCCGCACAACCUGGCCGCCUCAUGUUGCCCACCAGCAUAUACCCUGUUCCACCACCUGAGCCACAUUUUGCACAAAUUCCAACUAGCAACCCUAGCUCUGGUACAAUUUACCCAGCACUGGCCAAGGAGAACAAAAACUCUCACUGUGACCACUUGGGUGGAAAUGCAAGCGAGGACAGGGUCACAGUUGAAAAUGGAUACCAAAGCAAUGGUCCCAGCCCAAGCUCUGUCCAUCCCCACAUUUCAGCCCAACCUAAACUCUCAGAGAGAGUACAAGAUGACACUCAAGUGAAAACUGUUUACCGCUCUCAUUUGCAGUCACAAGGAACAUCUGUAGUCCUGGAGAGAAGGGACCCCUACACUACUGUUCAAUCAAGAAGUGAAAAAUCAAGCCUCUCCCAUGGCAUGGAAGUUUAUGACAACUGCAGGCAACCCAAAGAUGAAGAACAAAGCAAAUACAAUGAAAGAAACAGUCAUCCAGAGACACUUUAUUCAGGUGGGAGAGUACCACUGGGACAGGUUGGACAAAUGUACAAAGGAAACUUAGUCCAAACACAAGGAAGUGACCACAUAAUUAAACAUUCAAGACACUACAGUGAUUCCAUGGCUUUGCAGCAGAGAGGUCAGGACCUUGAUCAUCCCCUGACCAGACUGGAAAAUGCACUUGCUGAAGUUCAACGAUGUGCCAGUCCUGAAAGUACAGUUAGCCAAUCCAGUUUUCAGAGUGAACGUAGCAUGUCUGUGCAGGAGAAAGUAAGUCAUUUUGAAAGGCAGCAAGUUAAACCUCGCAGUCAUAGCAGUGUAUCUCGCCUUAACUCUACAACUCGUCAAGCGCAAAGACCUCUCAGUGCCAAGAGCUCUCUUUCUGGUGUAGAGGACCUGCACAACACGUUGGAGAGCUCUGUCCCUCCUGGGAGAACACGGAGUACCUCUAGCAAGGCAAGCUAUGAUGGGCAUGUAGAAGUGCAGCAAGAUUUGCGGUUGAGACGUGGGAGUAGUGAUUAUGCCCAUAAUCGUCACCCAAAAGACCCUGCUAUAACCCUUCAAAGAAGUAAAAGCACUUUCCAGCUUGGUGAAGAAAAUGGCAAAGACUUCCAUGGGAAAGGCGACUUUCAUAGCAUCUCAGGCACUAUCAAUGACCCAUCUUUUAACAGAGAAUACAGAGAUAGCAUUAAAGAUGCCCAAUCUAAGGUGCUGAGGUCUACCUCCUUCAGAAGACCUGACCUUAGUAUUAACCCUCCACCAUUGCAAGCAAAACACAUGUCCCUGGAGAGGAAAGGACCCAAUACAAGUCCUAAACCUGCUACUUCCCCACACACUCCAAAAGAACGACAUGUUGUACCUGUUGAUAUACCAAAUAGAACCACUCCUCCUGAACUCCCCAUUGUCCCAGCUGUGGGACCUCCUGUAAUGCGCAUUUGUGGACGUAAACGAUUUACAAUGGAAAAGAAGAAACGAUCUUACUCUGAGCCAGAAAAUAUGCAUGAAGUUGGAGUGUUGACCAACGAAAACAUUCAGGCUGAGAGGAAAGCUACCCAGCAGUUACUGUCAAGUGAAACCAGUGUUGCAGACCGGCGCAGGAUGUUUGAACAGGUAGCAAAUCGUAAUGCUGACUCCAGAUUUGCCUCAAGGCCUGAUUUGAGGCAGAUGCAGCAAGAUGCCCUUGUUGAGUACAUGGAACGUAAAACAGGUAGAAGAGUUAAUGGACGCUCCAACCGCCCACAAAGCGCUUAUGUACACUCAGCCUCUUCAACUGACUCACAGGGCCUAACUUCCACUUUAAGUAUGUGCUCUUUGCAAGAGUCAGGAUAUGAUAGUCUCUCUGGUGGUGUUCAGAAAAGUUCCACCCUUCCAACAGCAAUGCAAAGCUCUUUUUACCAAAUCAGACAACAUCCCACACAGUCUGAGUUCCCCAUUGGCCAUCAGUCUCAAAGCAACACAUGUGAGCCUAAGAAACCAGUAACUGAGAAACCCAUCACUGCAAACAUCCCAGGCCCAGCCCUAGCUGGACAUCCCAUUCUUCAGCACCUUGAGGCAGUUUUUGAGAGAGCCACAUCAGCGAGAAGCUCGGGGAGGUCAGCUUCAGCUGAGGAUCUGCUGGACCAUAGUGAAGAAUGGCCAGGUCCUCAGCACUUCCGUUCCAGAUCGUCUCCGUCAGUGGAGAACUUUAAUCUGGACUUUAUGGCCAGAGACCCUCAAAUGUUUGUGGUUGGCUCCAAGGAAUCCUUAGACAACAGGCUGCUGGAGAAUACUGCACCCAAACAAUCAUCGUUAUAUACAGCAAUUCCACAAAAGAGUUAUCCGUUAAACCGGGGUCCUGUCCAGCAAAACGCACCUGUGGUGAGGAGAGAGCGUCAAAGACAUUCUGACCGGCCCAGGGCACAAAGUGCAUCUGGUCUGGCAGCGUCUGUGGGACUCCCUUGCCCUUUUACUUCUCCAGGCACUGCCGCCACACAAGACUGGCAUAAUGGAGAAGGACUGUGUCAGCCAAACCUAGAUUUCAUUGCUUUUCCGGAAACCGGCCCCCAAAGUCCGAAGAAUCCGUCUGGAACGCCAGGAGUGAGGCGACAGAACUCCAACGACACCAGCACUUCAGAAGACACGCUGAAGGACUUUGCAUGUUCGGUGGUUCCCGCAACAUCAAAGUCCACCUUCACCCCGUCACCUCCACACCCUCAAGUCGUAGACACUCCCUCGUCUAAUCCACUCGCAAGGCCAUCCGAUUCAAGGCCUUCCACCCUCCCCAAAAGUCCAGGCUCGCAAACAAAGCCACUCAUCUCUCUUCGGAUAUCCGAGUCUAGUCUUCAGGAUGUUCACAGUCCAACUUUGUUACAAGAUGAAGUGUUUUUAGCCUCACCUCCACCUUCUCCCCCACCACCACCAUUACCGAUCAAAGAGACUGAGAUUACAGAGGACUUUCCUCCACCACCUCCCACAUUUUCAGCCGAGGAGGACUUGGGUCUAACAGAAGCUCUACAGUUUUCAAGAUCAUUGAGGCCUAUAAGUGAUUCUGGUAAUCCGGCAUUAAAUGACCUUACACCUCCGUCAAUGACCUCUGACCCUCCGUCCACUCACAACACGGACUACAUCAGCACUGAGAAUCAAUUUGUGUCACCAAGUGAUGCUCAUCUAGAAGAGGAAACCUCUCAGAUUUUGGGACUUGACUACCAACUGCUCUCCAGAAGAGAGAGAACUCAAGCCGAACUCCUCGUAGAGACUUUAGCUCAAGAGCUGGUUAGCAAAGACAAAUCCCUUACCCCGCUCCUGGAAACCUGGGCAGGUAAAACCACCCUGGAUCUGAUGGAGGACAUCUUCCCCUCACAUUCGCUGUCUCCGUGGCAACACGACAGGCGCGGGAGCGGUUCAGGUGACAGGGCUCAAGAUGAUUUGGGUAGCACAGAUACUCGCUCACAGACUGUUCCAAGAACAAUGGAGACGGACCUGGAUGAUGAAGAGGCUUAUAUGAAUCAAAAGAAGGUGGAGCUGUUGCAAGCACUGCAAGCUAGCAUACAAUCACUGCAGGUAGAGAGACAGGUGCUGGCAGAACAACUGAAGAGAUUCAGCGCUCUAGGAGGCAGCAUGGACACUUUAGUUCAGGAACGUUGUAAACCCAAUGAGAAAGAGAAAUAUCGCAUGUUUGUCGGAGACCUGGAGAAGAUCGUAAACCUGCUGCUGUCCCUGAGCGCACGCCUCGCUCGUGUGGAGAACGCGCUGACUGCGCUCAGAGAUAAAGAGAGUCGAGAGAGCGCAGAAGAAAGGGAGUCCCUGCAGCUGAAACGGCAGCAGUUGUGCAGUCAGCACGAGGACGCUCGUGAGCUGAAGGAUAACCUGGAUCGGCGCGAGCGACUCGUUCUGGACAUCCUGGCGGGUUACCUGAGCGGACCGCAGCUGCGCGACUACCAGCAUUACAUCCGCAUAAAGCCCGCCCUGCUGAUACGACAACGCCACCUGGAUGAGCUCAUCCGCCAGGGGGAGGAGCAGGUGCGAAGGCUGGAGGAGAACCUCCCCCAUGAAUCCCAGCCAAAGAACGCUGAGCCCACCUCAAUGACCUCACAAAGUUUUAACCCCACCCACUCGCCACGCCCCACCACUGUGACCUCACUCUGACUCUGCACGUCAUGGCCCGACGGCGUUCAGGGCUGCUGGGGAGGUUGAGACGGAAACUGUAAAUAAACUUUUAGACAAUGCACACGAAGAGUGCCUUAAAUGAAGGAUUGACAUUGUGACUUGGAAUCUCACACAGGCUGACAAAAACAUAAGCAAACUUUAAAGAAAUUGAAGAAAACAUUUUAAAGAAAUGAUGCACAUUUGUCCUCCUAGGUUUUUUAACUGAAGUGUUUCUGGUUUUACGUUCACUAUUCCAAUUAAUGUAAUAUAGCACCGCUUUAACAUCAUAAAUAGUUUUAAAAACAAAUAUAAUGUCACAAUGUUUAAAGCCUUAAAAUAAGGGAUGCACCGAUACAGAUACUAGUAUCAGUAUCGGCACCGAUAUUGCGUCCAUGUACUAUAAAAGUGCUCAGAUACAUAAAAACCAAUACCUCUCGUAAUGAACUUUCAAUACACCAGCAUAUAUUCAAACUUAUUCUUUAUACACUCAAAAAAAUGAUUUAUUUAAUUUACCCAAUUUUUUAAGGUUAGUGGUUGCAAUCAAUUUAUUUAAGCUACAUUUAAACAAAAGUUUUUUGUUUUGUUUUGCUUUUCUAUUUUUUUGUUUAAAUGUAGCUUAAAUGAAUUGAUUGCAACCACUUACCAUAAAAAAUUUAGUAAAUUAAAUGAAUAUUUAUUUUUUCAGUGUACAUGUUUGUUUAUUUUUAUUAUACACAUUAUCUUUAUUUAUUAUGCCAUUGGUUUGGUAGUGGAGUAAGUAUGAGUUUUGUUCCAAGCAGAUAAAAUGGUUUAUUUUUCAUAAUGUCUUUUGAGAUAGUUAUUCAAAAUGAUAAAGUAGCUGACCUUAAAUCAUCAGUUUGUGUAGGUUUUGCAAAACUGUCAUAUGACAAAAAAGUACAGGUAUCGGUAUCAGCAAGUACCAAAAGAAUAUAUCGGUACUUAAAACAUUGUAUCGGUGCAUCCCGACUUUACUUUUAUAUGCAAAAUAGAUUUUUAAAUUGAAUUUGAGGUGAAAUGUGACCCGAACAUUUUCUUGGCAGGUUUUGUGUGUCAUUUAAGGGCAUUUUGAUACAGUAUGCACAGUGCAUUUAAAUCCUCAUGAGCUUGCACAGAAAUGCCAGACAGCCCUGUAAUGGCCGAAGAUGAAUCGCAUUUGACGUCACAGAGAGAAAACACGUAACACACAUUUUGUCUGUUCUUCAUAUUCAUCAUAAAUCCCUAAUGUCAUCUGAAAUGGCACCUUUACAGCAAUAGCACCAAUUAUUUAUGAUUUUAGAAAUGUUUUUUUACUCUGUAUGUUGCUGUAUAUAAUCUGAACAAUCCCGUGAUUUUAAAGUAGAUGGUUAAAAAUAAUAGAUGUUGGGUUUUUGUAUGCAAAUUACAGUAAGCAGAACAUUGUAUGGCUGUAAAAUGUGCUAAACCAUGACAUCUGUUAUAACGGUGAAUAUUUCCCUGAGUUGAUGUUUAAUGGCACUUAAACACGAUAUACAGGACGUAGCUUCAAUGACAAUUAGAAAGCGUGAAUGUUAUUACAGGGUGUUUAUGCUUCCUUCCUAGUUUUAUCACAAUGCACAUCCUCAAACUAUUUUGCCAACUUUUUUGCUGUUGUUUGGUUUAGUUUUUCUUUUUUGAAUUUAUCAAAUAUCUAACCCGUACAACUACACAUGCACACUACAGCAGAUAUUAGAUGCGCUUGUCAUGGAUUUGUUUAUGUAAAGAGCCUGCGGUUGUGAUCUAAUACGCGUGACAUUGAUUUCCAUGACAGAGGUCGAAUCUAAACAGAUUUUUCAGCCAAGCUUCACGCUGUUAAAAAUGAAGAGCACAGUUGGAAGGCAAAAUAAAUCUAUUUUUUAAAUACAA